UCCAACCACUUCACACCAUUCAUUUGGACCUUUUACGUGAAUUCAAACCGAAGUGUAGACUACUUCGGAGUCCGUGAAAGAAAAUAGGUCUACCACGGUAGUACCACUGUCGCAGUGUCACGCUCGUGGAGGCAUACAACCGUACAAUCGGCCGUAGCCACAGCUACAGCGAACAGAGCCAUGUCGAACAAUCCUUCUCAACUCCUUCCAUCUGAGCUGAUCGAUAGGUGCAUAGGAUCUAAAAUAUGGGUGAUAAUGAAAGGAGACAAGGAGCUCGUUGGAACCCUAAGGGGGUUUGAUGUCUACGUGAACAUGGUUCUUGAAGACGUUACAGAAUAUGAAAUCACUUCUGAAGGGCGACGAAUAACAAAGCUUGAUCAGAUUUUGCUAAAUGGGAACAAUAUUGCCAUUGUAAGUAGAACGCUGAUACUGACGAAAUCUACAACUUUGUAUGUGGAAAAUUUUAAGCCUCGGGCUGAUGUGUAUUACAUCUCAUGCAGCUGGUUCCUGGCGGCUCCCCUGAUCCAGAAUGAUGCGCUUGUCUCUAUCCUCUGUUUUGGCAUUUUUUUCUGGACGAGAUGGCAUAAGCAUUGUUCGGUGGAGACAUGUUAGUCACACAAAUUAUGUUACUUUAUGGUACUAUAUGUAGGAAGUGAUUACUAGAAUGAGAUGUGUUUCAUUAGUCAUGGUUGAGGGUGCUUCAAAUGCUGAUUCUCUUGAAAUGCUAGAUGACCUUUUACUUUGGUAAUUUUUGCAUUUUUAAUGUGAAGUAAAUGUGACUAUUUCUUGUUACUAA